AUCCUGGCACAAAUGAGACGACGGCGGCCUCCGAGGGCUCCGCAUCUACGCAAUAUCUAUGCUAAAUGCAGGGGCAUAGCAGAUCGAGUACAUGUCCGCAGGUGGAACCACCGCUUGAGGGCAUUCAACAAGGCUGCGGACCGAUUGGCGAAUAUCGCCAUGGAUGAUUGCAGGAGCCGACAAGUU